AUGGCAUCGACAGCUAGCUUACAAGAGAAAUUUAAUGCAGCUGUCAAAGCUAUUCAACGAUUACCUUCUGAUGGUUCUUUUCAACCAUCAAAUGAAAUGAAAUUGACUUUCUAUGGUCUUUAUAAACAAGCAACAGCAGGUCCAUGUAAAGAACCUCGACCAUCUCUAUUUAAUUAUAUUAAUCGAGCAAAAUGGGAUGCAUGGGAUAGAUGUCGAUCAAUGACUAAAGAAUCAGCUAUGACAGCUUAUAUUGAUGAAAUUCGAAAAAUUCUUGAAACUAUGCCACAAACAAAUGAAGUAUUAGAAUUUACACAAUUAAUUGGACCAUUUUAUGAAUUUGUUGAUGAUCAGACAGAAGAAAAUCAACCAAUUUCAUUAAUAAAGAAAAAAUCACAUCAUACAAAUAUUAAGAAAAAAAAACCAAAUACACUUGGAUCUCUUUCUAAUGGAACCGGUGAAAAUGAUUAUGAUGAACAUUCAAUGAAUCAUACGAAUGGUCCAAUUCAAACAAUAGUUUCAUCUGGAAAUGGUCCAGUACCAUCUUCAUCACCUUCAUCGUCUUCAUCAUCAAUAUCUUCAUCUGAUGCUGAAGAAUUUUAUGACGAUCCACCGGAUCGACUUUCUCUCAAUCCUAGUGUAUCAAAUGAUGAAAUGAUAUCAAAAGAAAAUCUUCAAACGAAUGAACCUCCAUCAACAUCCAACAUUCCACCUGAACAGCCGUCAAAUAAUACAACAAAAUAUCAUCCACAUGUAUAUGGUGGUCAAGAUGGUUCAAACGUUCCUGUACAUCGUUCUCAUAGAGGAAGUAAUCAUUCGAAUGAAUUCCACGGAUUAUCAACACAUUCAUCAUAUCGUCAUCAUAAUCCAUCUGAUGGUGCUCGUUAUUCAUUUUCAUCUGUUGCAUCUGGUGGUGGUGGUAAUGGACGACAUCCAAAUAAUAAUUAUAAUAAAGAAACACAACGUGCUAUACUAGCAGCACUUACAAAACUUCAACGUGAUGUUAAUAAUAUAUUAGAACGACUCAAUCGAUUAGAAACAUCUUCACAUUUUCUUCAACAGACAAGAUUUUCUCUUAUGGCAUCAAUAACAAGUGGUACUGAUAGUGAACAUUUGGGUAUACCAAAAGCUGUAUUUGUUGAAGAUGUUGAUAGUUUUAUGCAACAACCAGAAAAUGAUUCAGCUGAUACAGUUAUUCGAAGACUUGAUGAUUUAAAUAGUAAAUAUCGUUUUAUGGAAAUGAAUUUAUUACAAAAGAAAAAACGUUUACGAGGAAAAUUACCUGAUAUUCAAAUUUGCUUAGAUAUGGUUGAACAACUUCGUAAAUAUCGUGAGAACGGUAGUGAUAUGGAUACAAACUUUUUACUAGCUCAUAAUCUUUAUGGUAAAGCAACAAUACCACCAACAGAUAAGGUUUGUCUAUGGUUAGGUGCUAAUGUUAUGCUUGAAUAUACAUUGGAUGAAGCUGAAGAAUUAUUACGUGGAAAUCAAAAAACAGCACAAACAACACUUGAAAAAGUUGAUGAAGAUCUUGAUUUUUUAAGAGAUCAAAUUACAACAACUGAAGUAAAUAUGGCUCGUUUACAUAAUUGGGCUGUUAAACAAAGACAACAAAAUAAGAAAUAA